CGUCGGCGCGGGGAGUGCCGCCCAGCCGGAGCCAUGGCGGCGCCCUGGGCCCGGGACGUCGUCUGCGGCCACCGGGCGCUCGAGACCACGGGGGGGAAGACCUGGGAGGCGGCGCACGUGCUCGCGGACUACCUGGAGGAGGAGUGGCCGUCCCUGGGUGCCGGCCCCGGCGCUCGUCUCCUCGAGCUGGGCUCCGGCACCGGGUGGCUGGGCAUGACCGUGGCGCGCAACGUGCCGGGCCUAGGGGAGGUGCUGCUCAGCGAGCAGGCCGCGGGGGGCGCCGUGGAGUGGCUGGACACACGGGGCCCUCGGCCCUGCUCCACCUGGACGUCGGGCGCCCCCCCCACUGUUCCCAGGAGCACAACGUGGAGAGGAACCGGGCUCAGGCCCUGCCGCUGGGGAGCGUACGCGUGGCGGAGCUGGAUUGGGCGCGCUGGGACGACCAGCCCCCUGGCGGGUCCGCGGGCGCGCCUGAUGCCGAGGGGCCCCUGUGCCCCUCCGAAGCCACGAAGCGCCCCUGGGCGCCGUCGGCCGCCGCGGCGGGCGCGCCCGACGGCGAGGACGGCGGCAGCGGCGGCGGCUCCGGCUGCGGGCGCGCGAGCAGGCCGCGGCAGGGCGCGGGCGCCGCCGCCAGCCACGGCGGCGGCGCGCGGCUCCGCCCGCGCCUGCGCGCCGUGCGCCGCGGCUCGCCGCCCGAGCUGGCGCGGGCGCUGCGGGCUGCGGAGGUGGUGCAGCUGCGGGUGGGGCCCGACGGCACCUUCUGGCACCCUGGGUACCUCUGGCGCGACGGGCCGAGCGGGACCUACAGCGUCGGGGCCGCGUCGGUCGAGGGCGGGCACGAGGUGGUCGCCGAGGGGCUGGCCGCGCCGCGGUACCUGCAGGCGUCCGCCCGGGGCCGCGGCGAGGCCGUGCUCGUGGACAGCGGGGGCGCCAUCCGCCGCCUGCGGAGGGGCGCGGAGGUGAGCUCGGAGGUGUACGAGGGCGGGCUCCUGGUGCUGAAGCACGACAGCGAGGGCAAGACCAUCGAGAGGCGCGACCACGACGGCGUGUUGCUGGAAACGCUCGUCCUUCCCUUCAAGCUGCCACCGUACUUCACAGCGAACUCGAGCGGGCGCGAGCUCGUUUACUCCACCCCGACGUCGCUGCACAAGGUUGACUUGACCACUCGGGAGCAGAUGCACAUCGCGGGCCACUGCAAGCGGAAGGGCUGCGAAGACGGGCACGGAUCGCUCGCCAGAUUCAAUAAGUUGAUGCUCCCCCGGCAUCAUGCUGCGAUGAACGGCGUCUUCGUGCGGGACGAGCGGGCGGAUUCCACGUCACGCUUCUGCUACGUGGACCUCGCGACGUUCGGUGUCACGACGUGGGAGGUAGAGCACCUGGAGAAGGUCCACUGUGCCGCCACCGCCUUCCCGCACCUGGUCGCCCUUCUGCCAGACGGUGACCUCUACCACGCAGACAUGCGCGACGACAUUUCUCGCAGCACGUUCGUCUGCGACAUGUUCACCCUGGACUGGUCGGAGCCGUGCAGCGUCGAGUUCCGGCUCGCCGGCGGCAUCACGCUCUUUGCUGACCGCAGGGUGCUGUCAGCGCGCUCGCCGUACUUUGCCGCGAUGUUCCGGGCCGGCAGCGGCCUGUGCGAGGCCGGCGCGCCCGUGGUGGACCUCAGCGGCAGCCCUCUGGACGCGCGGGCCUUCCGGGCGGUGCUCGCCUUCCUGGCCACGGACGACUGCAGCUCGGCUGCGAGGAGGGCGGCGGGCCGGAAGGCCCGGGCGCGGCGGCGGAUGCGCCGCUGGCCGAGGCCCUGGCGUGCCUGGCGGUCGCCGCGCUCGCCGACCAGUACCAGGCCGCCAGGCUGGUGCUGCUGGCCGAGGCACGGGUGCUGCGCGGCUUGCUGCCAGGGAGGGACGGGCUGGUGCUGCCGCUGCUGGAGCGCACCUUCGGCUCCGGGGGCGCCGUGGAGGAGGCGUGCUGGCGGGCCCUCGUGGAGCGGCCGGUGGCAGUGCUGGGCUCGCUGGGCGACGCGGAGGCCCUGGGCCGCCAUGUGGCGACUCUGGCUUUGA